AUGGCCGCUCCCCUGCUCGACGAGGCGCCGGCACCCGAGCUCGAGCAUGAAGUAUUUGAGGUAGUUGAGCGCUUCUCCUACAAAAGCAAAAUCUUCAACGGUGGACUAGCCGGGAUCGUAGGAGUUUCGUGUGUUUUCCCGCUCGAUCUAAUCAAAACAAGAUGGCAAAAUCAGAAGGUGGACAACCCAAAAUAUAAGCAAGUUGCUUUCAUUUCGUUCACGUCAAUGUUCACCAGAAUAGCUGGAUUUUAUCAGGGUGCUUCGAUCAACGUGUUGCUUAUAACUCCAGAAAAGGCCAUUAAACUUGUUGCAAACGAUUACUUUCGGCAUCAACUCGCCUCGCCAGGAGAGAAAAAUUUAGGAGCAUUACGAGGAAUGCUUGCGGGUGGUCUUGCCGGAAUGUUUCAAGUGAUCGUGACAACACCGAUGGAGCUUCUAAAGAUUCGAAUGCAACAAUCAGAAAGGCCAGUCAGUUUGCGGGACGUUUUUCGACAUCUCUUCGCGGACAAAGGAUUGUUGGGACUAUAUCGCGGAAUUGGUCCUACGUUGGCUCGCGAUGUAUCAUUCUCUGUUAUCUACUUUCCACUUUUUGCCCAAUUAGACUCCCUUGGGCCACGAAAAAAUGAUGGGAGCGGUGAUGCUGUGUUUUAUGCGAGUUUCAUUUCAGGAUUGAUAGCUGCCGGCCUUGCCGCUUUUUCAGUGACUCCAAUUGAUGUUGUUAAAACGAGGAUUCAAACAGGGGGUUCGGGGUACACGGGAGUUAGCGACGCUUUGAUCAAAAUAGGACGACAAGAAGGCGUAAAAGCACUAUUCAAAGGAGCAAUUUGUCGAAUGAUGGUAAUGGCUCCACUCUUUGGCAUCGCACAAAUGGUCUACUUUAUCGGCGUCGCGGAAAAACUCGGAAUCGGACAGAAAAUAAAGGAU